AUGCUAUUGUUGAUCUGUGUAUGUUCUUUGGUCCAGGUACUUGUUUUUUUUUGAAACAAUGUUCCUUAAAGGCUAUCUCAUUUCAAGGUGGAAUCUCGAAAGAUCACGCAAAAACCGUCAAAACCCGACAAAUCGUGGGUACGCUCCAAAAUCGACUGGGCGAAAGGAAAAGUUGGAGUCGGCUCGAAGAGGAGCACAAAAAAACCAGUUGCGGGUCGUCCGAAAACCACAAAGAAAUCGUUGUUCGAACGGGCGAAAGAGAAGGUCGAAACGGGCGGAUACGUGCAGAAGGCGGUCGGAUUCGUGAAAAAGGACCUGGGCAUCGGAGUGGCCGGACCCAGGAAACCGUCGAAAAUUCUCAAGUACGGGAAGAAGGCCGUCGACAAGUUGUUCAACAAGGUUAUGUCUCAAAAAAAUGCCUCAGUGCCUUAGAGAGUCGUAUUUCUCAUCAAAAUACUUCAUUUUAAUGUGAUAAAUGUUUAAUCGUGGUGUCGCAAAGCGUCUCAGUUGCAAAAUGUCCAAGUUUCAAAGCGCAAUAGUUGUAAAGCGGCGGAAACUUCGACCCAACUGCUUAGCUUGUGACCAGACUUAUCAAAAGUUACAGAAAGUUGCAAAGUGUCCUUUCAACCUAUAAUGCUUCCAGAAAAAGUCGCCAAACACAUUGGUGGAAGCGAGCAGAAAUGCGAGAAUUGGCUCGGGCUCUGUCUCUGAAAAGUUCCACGAACGAAUGGAAUAUCUGCAGAAUCGACUGGAAACAAUGCAAGAAGCACUUCAACACUCGUGGAAUACAAGCGAAGCCGGCACCAAGUACAAACUGUUCGAGGAGAGCAAAAAUUGGAAUGACGCUCAGGUGUGUGCACCUUUUUUCCAAGUGUGCUCAAUAAACUGUAUUCAGGUGCACUGCGAAGAGCUCGGCAGCCACUUGGCCUAUCUGGACACUGAGUCCAAGAACGCGUUUGCCACUUUUCUGCUCAUGGAAGCGCACAAUAUCACUGUCGCGUGGUUCGGUCUUCGCACCGAAGUCGAUGAACGACCGCCGACGCACUCGGACCAUUUCUCCAACUUUUCGAGCCUCGACGGCUGCGGAGUGCUCGAUUCGGACGGUUCGUGGAGCAUUUCCACGUGUUCCCUCGAGUUGCCCUUCAUUUGUCAGGCGUUGCGAUUGAAUGUCGAGAUUCAGAUUCCCGUCUAA